AUGGUAUCCGGUAACGAGAGCUUCGGCGCCAGUCUCGAGCGUCAGAGUUGGAUACACUAUUCAAUAGGGAUGGCCUUCAUCUUCCUCAGAAUGUAUGGAAGAGCAAAGAGGUUAGGUGGUGUCUCUAACUUUGAAGCGGACGACUAUCUCCAGAUUCUCGCAGCAGUGCUCUUCACCGUCCUUGUAGCCCUCCUCAACAUUAUCACCGACGGAGGCGGCUCGAACCUCUACCCUCCAGAACUAGAAGGAACCUUUACCCAAGCCGAGAUCGAAGACCGCAUUCACGGCUCCAAGAUUGUCCUCGUCUCGGAGCAGGCGAUGUUGAACCUCAUCUAUGUCCUCAAAGCCUGCGUACUGAUCCUCUACACCCGCCUCACCCUCAACCUCGCCGCUCAGCGCCUCGUGCGUUGGCUAGCAAUGUACGUCGCUCUUGGAUGGACCGCGACGCAGAUAACAAUGUUCGCCGCCUGCCGUCCCUUCAGCGGCUACUGGGCUAUGCCGCCACCCGACCCGCAAUGCACGACGUAUGAGAACUACGCCAUCCUCCAGGGCUGGUUCAACAUCUCUUCCGACAUGCUGAUGCUAAUGAUUCCCCUUCCGCUCGUCUUUCGUAUGAAGGUGCCCUGGAAGCAAAAGGUCGUUCUCUUAUUCGUCUUCAGCCUUGGCAUCUGCGUCAUCGUCGCGGCGCUGCUGACCAAGAUCUUCAACCUGACCGACCCGUACAGCCCUACGUACAUGCUGUGGUACAUCCGUGAAGCGAGCGUGGCCGUCUACGUAUCGAACCUGCCGCUUGUUUGGCCGCUGCUGAGGGAGUGGUUCCCAUUUCUGCGAAACCUCAAGACUGCGGGCGUGCUUCCGACACCGUCUAAUCAGGCAACGGGGCACCGGACGAAGCAGGAUGCGAACAUGUCGUCGGGUGUCACCGUUCACAGCACACACCGGGGGCCUGCGCCUGCGGGGGUGCCGAACUCGAGGAGGCAUACCUUUGAGGAGUUUGGGAGCUGGCUCAGCGCUAGUGACCUCGAGCUCCAGAAGCCGGCGCGCGUUUUGAGGUCGACCGCAAGUAGGCGGCACAUUUUGGAGGAGCACGAUGACGACGAACCUGAGAGCUCAGCUAUCGGGGAAGAGAAGAGCGUGAAGAGGGUGUCUUUGGUGGCAGAGUAUAGCGUUGGUGACGGGGAGAGUAGCAUGGGAUUAAGUCCAGCGCCCCAGCUUUCGCCUUUGGAGACCGAUCACGGCAUGAUCGAUUGGGAAUAUCAACGUCAGAGUCGGUUCAUGCGUAGGUCAGGAGCGACAAACUCUACCGUGGGACAUGGUCUGCUUGCUUCGGAGGAGCGAGACCGGAGUCAGGGCGCAGCGAGUUGA